AUGCCGCAACCGAAUCCGCAUCCCAACCCAAAUCAACAUCCGAAGCCUCACCCGAAGCCCAAUCCGCAUCCGAAUCCGCAUCCCAACCCACGUCCCAACCCGCAUCCACAUCCCAACGACCCCUCCAACCCGGAGCCGCAGACUGGCAGCCAUCCAGGAGCGCAAAAUGGUGAUGUCAGCCAACCGGAACCGCUUGUCGGAUAUUCAAACUCGCGUCGCCAUCCCGGCGUCGUGCACGGCAAGGAGAAUCUUGGAAUACCGCUCCCGAAUCCGUUUCCAAAAGAUGAGAGGGAGUGGAGGAAGGAAGACCUUGUGGAAUACGAAUGCCAAAGCCUCUCCGCCGGUGUGGCUACCGACGAUCCGGACUGCGGCCCGGCUAAUUUUGAAUCGGAUUACGGCGUCUACACCCGCUGCGGCUACAUGGUCCCAUAUAGCAGCUACUUGUACGAACAGAUCGAAGAUGGAAAAUAUAACGGGCCAGCUGAUAUGCAGGGACGCCCGAAGACGUGUGUCAGAGCAAUUAAAUGCCGAGAGGAUGCCGACUGCCGCUUCUACGAGUGGGGCUGGAAUUUCGACUGGGCCAACUGUGACCAUAUGAUGAUAUGGGGCGCUGAUAAGGUUUAUAGGACGGUGAAGCAGCCCACCGAAAUGAAGAUCCCGGCUGGUCUGGCAAAACCCGACUUCAUGAACCUGAAGCCCGGGGAGAAGCUGGUGAAUCAGGAGAGCCUAAAAUGCAAGGGCCAAGCUCCGGACGUGAAGGAACACCCGACUUGCGGCAGCUCGGAGCAUUUGGCCGCCAACGGCUUUAACACGCGAUGUGCGUACAUUGGCGUUCACAAAACGAUGGAUGAUGAGUAUACCAAGGCCAAGGCAGCGAAGAAGAUUGGCGACGGGUUAAAGAAGGCCUUUGGGGAUUUGAUUUGCGUCAUGGCCCAAAAAUGCGAAAAAGACGCCGACUGCACUAAAACUGUCAACCAACCGGGCGCCAAGUGUGACCACAUGCUGCUGUGGGGUGAUGCGGAAAAUUGGAGUUCCCAAAAAGUAUGCAACCUUCACUUGGCCCCGAAAUCCGAGCUGCCAAAGGCCAAUCGAGCGCUGAAAAAGGGUGAAGGAAACGAGACGGCCGCUGUCAUCGCCGCCGGCUCGGUGCUGAUGUUUGAUAUUAAU